CGUUAGUUAGCAUCUGUAGUUAGUGAUUUUGGCAUAGAUACGGUGGUAAAGGAAAGUAAAGAAGCUGAACGGGGAUAACGAUUGGAGGUAGUGUAGAGAGAGCGAGAAACCGGGUGACUGUGGACUGUAGGCUGUGAUCUGCGGGAAGCAGGCACGGGCCAGUCAGUCCACUAAACAAAACAUGGACGCCGUGGAAAUAAAUACGUCCGAUUCGUCACAAAACGAAGAGGGCAUUGUGUCGACGGAAGAAAUAUGUCGUGUUUGUCUUCUUGGCAAUUUGGUGAUGCGGGAAUUGUUUUUGGAGAGUGAGGUUGCGUCCCUUUCAGCAAAGGCAAUGAGUUUCGCUAAUGUUAAGAUGUUACCUGGCGAUGGCUUACCGACGCGUGUAUGCUGUUUAUGUGCUGACAAACUUGAAUCCGCGUACGAUUUUAAACUACAAGUGGAACAAGCUGACACAGUUCUCAGGGAAAGAUUUGUUACUAUGAAUAUAAAAGAAGAGUUGUUCUUUAAUGAAGUUGAGGUACAUCUAGAGUCAGGAGAGCAAAACGAGAAUAUGGAUGAGAUGCACAUAGGGAAUGAUUAUCAAAAUACCGCUGAAACGCUUGCGACGAUGUCUCGGGAAGAGAAAUCAUCGCUUUUGAAGGAUCAAUUGACUUUAUUACAAGUGGAAAAAUUAGCUGAUGAAGAACAGGCUAUGAGAGAACAGAAUCCUAGCGCGAUAAUGGAGGAAGUAAUAGAUCAAACUAUUACGACGGACCAAACAGCAGAAGAGUGCCUAAAUCAUGAAGAAGAAGAUGAAGAAGAAGAAGAGGAAGAGGAAGAGGAAGAAGAAGAAGAAGAAGAGGAAGAGGAAGGAGAAGAGGAGGAGGAGGAGGAAGAAGAAGAAGAAGAAGAAGAAGAAGAAGAAGAAGAGGAAGAAGAAGAAGCAGAAGAAGAGGAAGAAGAAGACGUUAAAGUCAUCAAGAACGAAAAAUUAUUAAAACACGAAAACCGGGAUCACGAUUGUCUUGAAAAUAUCUCAACAGUGGAACAUGAUUAUAUAUUACAACAGGAAUGCGUAUUAUCUAACGCAAAUGAGCAACAACAGCAUCAUCAGCAUCAUCAUCAUCAUCAUCAUCAUCAUCAUCAUCAUCACCAACAACAACAACAACAACAACAACAACAACAACUAACCUCUGAAGAAUCAUUCCAGCGCGAGGAUUGCGCAGAAUAUGUAGAUCUGUUAGUAAAGGCGGCCGACGCGACAAAGCGUGAAGGACAAGAUGAAGGAGAAAAAUCGGAUAUUACAAAUACGGAUGUUAAAGCCGAGUUAGAAUCUCAAUUUCAUGGUGAAACUAGAAGGAGUAAACGUAAAUUAGUUCGACGAAACGUUGAAAUGAAACGAGAUUCUGACGAGGAAAAUUAUUUUGAGAAUUUAAAUUUAAGCUCGAGAUUAAAGAAAGGUCAGCCUUCUGAUCAAGCGGAGAAAUUUUUUUUUCUAUGUUACUUGUGCGAUAAGGAAUUUUUGUCGAAAAACGUUUUAAAAGAACAUAUGCAUUCUCACGAGGAAGUACGAAAAGCAUUGUCUCUCAAAAAGACACCGGACACGCCGCAGAAGAACAUCUACAAUCUUGCUAAGUCGCCCCCAUCGGGUAAAAGAUCAAACAAGUGCCCAUAUUGUGGCAAACAAUAUAUAUAUAUAAUCUCAUUUAGUAAACAUUUGAAGAAACAUGAGAGGGAGAAAGAAGAGGGAAAGGAUGAACCGAUGCCUUUAGAAAUAUCAUUCCACGAAGAUGAACACAGUUUAGAUCUAGAUGAUUAUGAAGACGAACGGCGACAUUUGGAUAUAGAGUAUCGGAAAAAAGCCAAACAAAAAAGGGAAAACGUUACUAGAACAAAAAUGGAAAUAAAGGACGGGAUGGAAGAUCAAGAGGAACAGGAAGAACAUAGAGAGGAAGAAACGGGAAACGAAACGAAAAGAAUCAAUGGACGUGGGGUCGGGAACAAUAAUAACAACAACAAUGAUGACGACGAUGAUGAUGACAAUGGCGAGGACGACGAUGACAAUGACAAUGACGAUGAUGACAAUAAUGAUAUUGAUGUCAACUAUGACGAUGUCAGACAAGUAGUAGGUAAUAAUUCAAAUAAAGAACGGGAACAGGAGAAUUGUAGUAUUCGUACAGAAACGUUCGCAUGUGAUAGAUGCACGGAGAAAUUUUACACAAAACGCGGCUUGCGAAAACAUGCGAUUUCACAUGCUGCUCUGAGGUGUAGCAUAUGCGAAGAAGAAUUCAAUUCGUUGAUAAAGUUAAGAAAUCACCGUGCGAAACACGUUGUCGAAGGGGUAUUAACCGAGCAAGAACUUGAAAUGGAUACAGAAUGUCCGACUAACAAAGAAACAGCUAGUUACCAGACAAUGGAUAAAGAAAACGAAGAAAGGAAUCAUGAGAUGGAUAAUGAAUCUGUAGCAGGAUUGUUGGAGAUCGAAAAUAACGCAUCAAAGAAAAACGACAGAAACAUAGAAACGCAUCGUCAUUCGGGGAUGGACCAUAGUUGCAAGGUGUGUUGCCAACGAUUUACAACGAAGGAUCUUUUGCAAAAACACACGGAACAACAACACGAACGUGUGAAAACCUACAAGUGUACACAAUGUAACAAAACAUUCGGUAAUGAACUUACUUUACGUAAUCAUCUCAUAGCUACUAAUCAUAAAACUUUUCUUCAUGGGCAAGAGUAUGAUCCUAAUAAACGUAUUAAAAGAGUCGCUGCGAAAGCCGCACAAAAGAUUAUCGACAAGAUUAAAACCGAGGAUGGUUUAGAAGAUUACGACGAAGAAGAGGAGAAUAAUGGCAGGAUUAAUCGCGCUAAUUCUACAGAUAAUAAUUAUAGCCGGAAUAAGCGAGACAUUUCCUCGCAGAAGAAACAUAAUUAUAGAAAAGAACUUGAAUGCGCAAGCUGCAAUAAAAAAUGCAGUUCAAAGCAAUCAUUAACGAAACAUAUGGAGCAACAUGUAAAAGAUGAACAACAACGAAUGCUAAAGUCGGAGAAGCAAAAGCAAUUGGCAGAGAAGAAAGAACGGCAAAAGGAGUGUAUCAACGAAGAGAUGGACAACGGGGAGCACAGAGAUGAUGAUUACGAUUCGGAUUUCGAGAGUGGUUUGGAUUGGCCAAUGGACAAUCAUGAGUGCGCAAAAUGCAAAAAACGGUAUAGCACGAAAAAGUCAUUGUUACGUCAUCAAUUGUUGCACGAGGAACCAAACUUCGAGUGUGAUAUUUGCAACGUUAAAUUUUACCGUAAAGACAAACUGAAAGCUCAUUAUGAUAAGUGCUCGGAAAAGAAUCCUGAUCAAGUGAGAAAGUGUAAUAUUUGUGGAGAUAGUUUUGAAAACAACGAAAUUCUACGUGAGCAUAGAUCGAAACAUGUUACCGAGGGUAUUCUUACAGAGGAAGAUUUGAGAGAUAUUGAACCGCGACCUGAGGAGAAAAAGCCUGGUGAAAAAAUUGGCCGAAAGAGAAGAACUGAUAUCGUAGGCUUAGAAUGUACGGAAUGUAACAAGCAGUAUACAUCGAGAAAGGGGCUUUUACGACAUAUUCAAGUUCAUGAAGGGAAAAAGUAUCUAUGUGACAUAUGUCCGAAAAAAUUUUAUCGAAGAGAACAUUUGAAGAUACACGUGGCCAAACAUAAUAUGAUCAAACCGUACAAAUGUACACGGUGCACAAAACGUUUUAUUAAAGAAGAACAACUAACAAAUCAUUUAUCAAAGCACGAUCGAACAUUCAAAAAGAACAAAGAAACGGAUAGCUCGAAAAGAUUCCUUUGCGAAAUUUGUUCGAAGAGUUUUACACAAUCAACGACAUUGAUCGCACAUCUUAGAGCGCAUAAUGGUAUAAAACCAUAUGUCUGCGAGGUCUGUUCUCGACCGUUCACAACGAAUGCAUAUUUGAAAAUGCACAUGCGAACACAUACGCAGGAACGGCCAUAUAUUUGUCAAUACUGUUCACGAGCAUUUGCUAGAGCUGAUACACUUGCCAAUCAUUUGACCUCGCACACAGGCGAAGCCAAGUAUCAUUGUAAGUACUGUCCGAAGAAUUUCCGCCGCCUAAAAUCUCUUAAAGAGCAUGUUUUCAUACAUACCGGUCAAAGACCUUACGCCUGUCCAACCUGCGACCGACGAUUCAACAACAACGGAAGUCGAUACGCUCAUAGUAAGAGGUGCAAACAAAAUUUUGUACAAAAUCAGAACCGUGCGCAAACAUUAACUGCACAAGUGCAACCGGUUCAAAAUCAGCAAAGAGUAUUACAACAGGCCACUCUUGGACAAGGCCAAGUAGUAAAAACACAGAAUAUUAAAACUAUUACUAUUACUAGACAACCAGAGCCAGUUACCACUCAACAAACGGUAAUGCAACAUCAAGAGAUAUUAAUGCCUUUGAUCCUUCCUCUCACGGUUACUCUUACCGAUGUCGGUGAGGAAGUAAUAUUACCAGAAGGAACCAAAAUCUUUACUACGUCAUAAAUUCACACGCCACUUUCCUGCGUAUUCAUCAAAUUCUUUUUUCGUUUCUAUUCAUGAAACCAAAACUUUCCUUCUCAUCAUUGCGAGGGAGAAAACGAGGAACGACGUGAUGAAAAAGUAACUAUGAUACUGUUUUUUGACUUUGUAUUAUACGUUGUAUAUCUCUGUUUAUAUUUAAAUAUGAGCUGUAACUGUUGUAAACUAUAUGGGGAUUGGGUGAAGUUGUUUAGAGUAUCACAGAUCUAGAACAAGAACAAAAAAGAAAUAAUUGAAUGAAAAAUUCUUUUACAUGUUAGGGAAGAGAGCGAAGUUUCAUUUUCAAGCAGUUAAGGUAUGUUCUUAAAUGACAGUUAUACUGGCGUUUCAAAUAUAAAAAGAAACUAUAUAU